CACUUCCGGUCGCCAGGCUCACAAACGUCAGUCUGAUAGUUGCCGAGGCAACCACCUUAAAAACAAAGUUGACGAUGGAGAAUAGCGUCGCCACACGUUUUUCCGACACCAAUUUUAAAGAUUACGAGGAUUAUUUGGACUCCAGAGUGACGGCACUGGAUGUAUUUUAUCUCAAGAGCAGAGAUUUGUCCCGGAAACUCGUAGAACAUGGACACAAAGGCAGCGUCUUGAGCAGGGAGGAGUUUGAGGAGAAGAGGGCCGAGUCUCAGGCCACAGAGGUCGCAAAGAACAACACUCUGUUUAACAGGAGCCCACCAGUGACAUUGGUGAGUGCAGGAAAAGACCUUAAAGAUGAUUUCCUAAAGGCCCUGGCAGAGAGAGAGGAAGCCAACCGCCGUGGCAAAAUGACUUCACUGAUUUUCAUCAGGGAUCAUAAUCCUCUCGGACAGGAAGUGUCUGGCUACAUUGACUACGCCCACAGACUGAAGACACAGAAUUUUGAGGCCUUUUUCAGCGGAAAGAAGAAGCUGAUGCCAGGACGUUCAGAUUUAUGUUAUUACAACUGGAAAACACAGGUGUCCACAUCCAACUCCAGUGAAAACUUUGAGGUGAUUUACGAUGACCCAGGUGGCCUGCUCUUCAGGAACAAGAGGGACAAGAAGGUCCUAAAUGUGGACCCAGAAUCUGGACCUGGUGAAGAUUCCAGUAGAACCAUCCUGCAGUCUGAUCUCUACCUACAUGUCACCAUCUAUGACCACAUCAUCAGAGCUCUCUAAACUUCAACCAUGAGGCUGAAGUUGAACAUCCAAACUUCCAUUAGCAUCAAUUUCAUCUAAUUAACACACUCUUUAAUAUUUGAUCUCUGUGGUGUUUUCUUAUAAACUACUUUGUUUCACGUUGAUGUCGAUAAAAUGUCACCGCAUUCUACUCAACUCUCCGAUGGUUUGAUUGUUUCAACCCAAACUAUAAGGUUAGUUGGAUUUAAAUUUAGACCACAGCUCACUUUAGUUAAAUUUGAGCCGUCUUAGUUUGGUUUGUUGUCCUUUAAGGGCUCAGUUUUAACUUUACUCUGAUUGGCUCACUCUAGCUUAGUUUAUGUUUAGUUUAAAUGUUUAAAUAGUUUAACCGGCUAAUUUGUUUGUUUUACUUUUGGCUUAUGUUAUUCUUAGUUGUACUGUAUCUACUUUGUGUCAACUUUACGCCAAUCUGACACGUUAACCCUGAUAGAUGAAUGCCUGCGUCUCUUAUGGUAUAUACAUCAUCCCCUGAGCAGCCAAUCCGGUGCAGUGGUAGGAACCUUCUCUGUGGGCCCCUGCUUAGUCCAACGUUAGUGUGUUUGCUGCUGUUUGUCUAAAUACAUUAAAGUGGUAAGGGAUUUAAGGGGAGUCAAGAGAGCAAGGGGCUAAGGCUGCAUCUUAACUACCCUCCCCCAGGCUGCAUUAGCUCCAACUGGACUGCAGGGACAACUUAAAACACUGCAUGUUCCCUGAUGUCAGUUCAAAUCAGUGACUGUAGUGUAUAUAAGUUCUUUCUAUUUUUUUGACUCAGUUGACUUCAAAAACCUUUUUAACUUCACUUGUGUUUCAGCCAAUCAAAGUGAACACCAGAGGAAGUUAAUAUAAUUAUUAUUACUAUUGUAUUUUGGUUAAGAUCAACUUGUACAAAUGACUGCCUUCCAGUCGUUGUUGAAGAGGCUAGGCUAACUACUUUAGGACUUGUAAUUGGUUUAAAAGGGGGGAGUGUUUAUUUCUACUUCCUGUUAG